UGGCGCAGCGGAGAUUUAUGACUGGCCUUGUAAUGCGACUCAAUUUUCUUUGGUCCAUUGAUUUUGUUGUGUUUUGUUUGAUUUUAUCUAACAGAACUGUGACCUAUCAAGUAAAACUAUCAUCCAUUGAUUUCGGAUGGCGGACCCUACCAUAAAUGAGUUUUCGGAAGAAAUAACUUAGUGGAUAUAAUUCACGUUCUCAAUCGAAGCGACAUGGAGAACGCCACGGUCGUCCCCCGCCUUCCGCUGUCGGAGGGCGAGAUCUUUUUCCCAUCUCCGAUGAUGGUGAUGCCCGCUCGUCCCGGCACUCCGGGCAGCGUGCGUCUCACGUCGUCAGUGUCGCUGACGUCUCGUCUGCCGCACGACCUCACCAGACUGUCAGCCACCUCCCUGAUCACCCUUCAGCUGGCCGAGCGGGUGCCGCUGCGCACAUUCUAUGACGGCCUGUUUCGAUUUCCCUGCCACUACGGCAUCCAGCUCUACAGAAAAGCGGCCGAAAUCUUUGAUAGACUACACGAAUACCAGCCUGGCAGCAAGUGCAAUUUAUUUGUUGAAAACAUCGAAUUUAGCUGCAAUGAAGAGAAGAAGCUCGCCUUUGAGUUGGCUUACGCCGCCAUGAAAUAUGAGGAAGUUCUCCGCCAGACUUUGGACGACGUGGGCUUUGUCGUCAAGUAUCCCGAGUUUCAGGACGAGCUGAGUCUGGCCUCGGUCAUUCUGUACGACUACCAGGACCGGCGGUUCCAGCGGCGUCAGGCGCUGCCCUCAGACCGACAGCACCCGCGCCACUGUCAGCUCGAGGAGGCGCUGUUCCACCUGCGCACCCGCCUGUCGGCUGCCCUGGCCAGGAUCCGCAUCCUGCACGACGCGCCGACGCUGCAGACGCUGCUGCCGGCGGAGGUGCACCCGCCCGAGCCGGCCCGCCACCGGCCCGUGCACGCCUGGAUCAACUGCAACAAGGCCAGUUCGCAGCAGAUCUUGGACAGUCUCGGCUCGACGCUGAAAAUCCUGCAGCCCGGACUGACAGAGAGCAGCUUUCAUUACGAUGAUGAUUUUCCUGAUCUGCUCGUCUUCGAGUCCGGCUGGAAGAAGACGCUGGAGAAGACGGCGACAUUCAAGAAACACUGGAUCAUUCUGCAGGAGAAGGCGUGCUGCCUGCCGGCGUACGCGACCGCGCAGGAGCUGCGCCGUCUGCGUCAGCGGGAGCCGGAGCUGCGCGGCUCCGUGCUCCAGGUGGGAGCCGGGAGCGGCAGGUCGCUGGCGCACCUGCUGUCGCUGCUGCCCGACCGGGACAACAUCAGCCGCCUGCUGGCCAUGUCCGGAGACAGGAAGGCGGUGGUGGAGCGUCAGCUGCAGGAGCUGGGGGUGGCCGACGCCCGGGUCAUGUCCGGAGGACUGGAGACGCACGGCCGCGCCGCCGAGCUCCGGGACGUGAUGGCCGUGCUGGUCACCCCGGUGACGACACACACCGCGCUGGCCGACCCCGUCGACUGGGUGAUGGAGGAGGGCGGAGACAUAGCUCUGCUGAGGGAGCUGUCGAUGGACCCGACCAAGUCAGCACUGCCCCAGCGGGUCUCGGCACUGGUUACCAGUCAGAACGAGACACUGCUGCGCGCCCUCCGACUGCCCAAUGUCCGUGUGGUCGUAUACGCCACCCACUCGUCGAACCGAGCCGAGAACGAGGAGGUGGUGUUCGGUGUGGUGGAUGAAGUGAACGAGGAACAGCGACGGCGCUGGCAGGAGGCGCGAGAGCACGGCAAACUGGAGAUCGAGACGCCGCCGGACAAGCUGUACGAGUUCCGACAGCUGGUCAACAUUCCAGAGGAGGAUAUCGCCAUCCCGUUCCUGGUCCUGCCGCAAACUCCCACGUCCUCGGGCGUCUUCAUUGCAGUCAUCGUCAAAAAUGUCGACUUCAUCCAACGUGCGAACCGAGCAGUCAUCAACGACGCCAUCGACAUGGGCAUGCUGGACAAGGUGGGGCCUCCACUGGCGGUCGGCGGCCGGCCGUGCGAGGCGCAGGCGGGCCGGCGACGGUCGCGGCGGCCCAAGGCGGCCACCCGCUCCGAGCGGCAGCUGGCCGGCCGGCGGCGCGACCUGCCAUUGCCGGUACCCGCCGUCCUGACGCCGACCACGGUCCCGAUGCACAUGCAGGUGCCGCACCUGGCCGACUGUUCUUGCACAGAGUGCGGGCGGCAGCGGCGCCGGCGCCGGGACCGUGCCGCCGCGCAGGGGCCGGCGGAGCGGCGCGGCCGGCCGGGACGGGCGGGCCGGGGGAGCCCAGAAACGGGCUCUCCCCGCGCCGGGUCGGUCACUCCCUCUCCGCGCCACCGCACCUGGUUCCCGUCCAUCGGUGUCGGUGUCGGCGCGGACAGCAGCGCCGCUAGCCAGGGCAGCGUCUCCAGCCUGCAGGCCAGCCUGGCGAGCCCGCUGGCCGCGCCGGCCGACGACCGGCCGCGCUGGAUCCCUACGGUGGUGCAGCUGCACGCGCCGGCCGCCGCCGCCGCUCCCGGGCCGCCCGGAUGGAGGGACGGCUCACGUCUGUCGCCGAUACCGGGCAGCGGCGGGCCGCGCGGGCCCGGGGAGGCCGAGCGGGCGCGGAGGGCCGAGCAGGAGGCCGUGGGUCGACUGCAGGCCGCCACCGACAGCGUCUCCCGGGAGGCGAUCCGCGUCAUCCAGCAGCAGAUGGAGCGCAGCCACGGCCACGGCGGCAGGAGCGGCGCCGGCCGGUACGGGACAUUCACCGGCGGUCUCACGGGCGGUAUUGUGUACGAGACGGCGCUCAGUGACAGUGACGGCGGCGGCAGCUCGGUCGGCGGAGGUGGGAUCGUGCAGGGGGUGAUCUUUAGCAGCGGCAGCGGCGCCCCCAGUCGGGCCGGCAGCGGCUCCGGCGGCACCUACCACACCGACACCGUCCGUGACCUGCGGGAGCUGGAGCGGGUCCGGCAGGACGCCCAGGUGUGGUGGUCGCGCCAGGCCGGCCGGCGGAGCGUGAUGUCGCCGCGCUCGGCCGGGCUGCGGCCGCACGUCCGCCAGCUGCUCGCCUCUCGGGGCCGCGCCGCCGCCCGGUUCGGCGCUGCGGAGCCGGCCGUGGCGGUGACCGGGGCGGGCCGCCGGCGCCGCCAGGCCAGCCAGCCGCCGGAGCCCUCCGAGCACGGGGACACGGAGCCGUCACCGCUGUCACUGCCCAAACUGGCCUCACGGACCCGCCACCUGUCGCUCGGGCCGCCGCUCAACAUUCACAAGGUGAACAUCGGCGACUUCAGCUCCGUGGCCGUCCACAUACCGCCAGUAUUCUGAGCAAACCGGUGUUCAAGGAGAAAACUUGGAGAGGAGCAAUAAACUUCAUGCAGCGCCCAGCGGGACUCGCUGGUCAGUGGAUUUGGACAACGAUUUUGCAAGCUCCUUUUGUCAUCUCGUCUCAUUUAGUCUUGUGAUUAUGUAGGAGCUGUAGGCAUUUCUUCACGGAACUUGCCUCACUAAUGGUGCAGCCAAAGCCAAGUCCGAAGUUCGAGUGCCUUGUAUUGUUUAAUUAAUCAGCGGCCCGACAAAAUUGCGCGGAAAUGUUUACUGAAUAAUUCGGUAUUCAUGACCACGAUUAAAACGUAAGCUGCUCUCUGCGAUACGUCCCUUUUGUA